AAGGAAUUAAUUGACAGCAAUGUAUUUCUGUUUUCCUUGGCACAAGAAAUUGGAGAUCGUAGAAUAACCAUGAUGGCAGAAGACCAUGAAUUCAGUUCUGUUGAGGAAAUCCUAAUAGAAGCGGCCGAGCAUAAGCAUUGCAUACUAUAUCUAAAUUAUAAAGGGUUAUCUGAACUACCCACAGACUUAUUUCAAGAACCCAUCUGUAACUCUGUGGAAAGAUUGUUCUUAAAACGAAACCAGUUGACCUCUGUGCCAGCUGAUAUUGGAAAGCUGACAAGACUUGUGGAAUUAUAUCUCCACUCAAAUAGCCUAGCAUACUUGCCUGAAG